AUGUCGCCCCACGUCGGCGGUAUGUUGAUAUACGUAGCCGGGUUCCUCCUCUCCCCAGAACAGAUCGGUCACCUGUGCAUCAAGGGAUACGGUUUGUCGGAAGGUCUGGUCAACAACCGCGACUCUCCCGUCGACGCCGCAUGGCACCAAUUCUACGUCUACAAGACGCAAAAUCCUACCGGACUGAUUCCGAUGUUCCGCAAGAACAGUCACCUUCUAGACGAGGAUCUAGAGGGCUUCAUUCUUACUUGCCGUGUCGCCUUCAUCAGACCAGGUCUCAAGGAACCAGACUUGUCACUAGACAAAGCGUCCACGGCCUGUGCCGAUUUCUGGUUCCCGCCCUUUCUCCGUGGAAUGGACGAGUUCAAGGGUGUCCGAUACGUCCAGUAUCGAGUCCCGAUGCGGCUGGGAUGUCGUACGUUCUUCUUCUCAUGGACCGCGUCGUCCCUCCAGAUUCGAUCACACCACGUCAGCACCCAGCUUCAUAACUGA